AUGGCCAACCCUUCUAUGUAUAACACAAUGGGCCAGGCAUCUGGCGAAGACCCGUCGAAUCCACAGUACAUGGCUCAACAGCCGUCACCUCAACAAUAUGCAGCUGGUUAUCCUCCUGGUGCCGCACCUCCACAACCAGGAGCCCCUUACGCCAACCCAGCUCCAAAUCAAUGGGCCGCUUACGGCUCACCACAACAGCCCGGAUUGGCGAGCCCUGGCGUCGCAUACAAUGCCCCCCAGCAAGCACCAAUUGGUGGAGCGGGGGAUCCAGGAAUAGCAGGCAUAGCGUCUCAGAUGAGUGGUUUGGGAAUUGCAGCAGAUGCGGGGGCCAGGACACACCGGAAGAAGCAUCGCCAUGCUCACCAUGAUAUCGGAGGUGCUGCUGCACUCCCCGCCCAAGGGUUCAACAAUGGAAUGGAUCAAGGAGGCUUGCAACAGCAACCAUCGCAAUUCUUGAACACGGGACUAAACCAAAAUGCUGAUCGGCCAGUUUCCCCAGCGGUGGGGUUGGUCUCUGGGCAGUCUGCUGCCCCCGACAUACCUGGCAUGCAGAGUGGUGCUGGUGCUGUUCCUACCUCAGGCCGAAUUGACCCAGAACAAAUCCCCAGUAUCCCACAAUCGCGCGACCUGCCUGCUCAGUACUACUUCAAUCAUGUCUACCCGACUAUGGACCGACACCUACCCCCGCCAGCCGCGAUCCCGUUCGUGGCCCACGACCAAGGCAACUCCUCCCCCAAAUACGCCCGUUUGACCCUCAACAACAUUCCCUCCGCCUCCGACUUCCUAGCCUCCACCGGUUUACCAUUGGGGAUGGUCCUGCAACCGCUCGCACCCUUGGACCCUGGCGAACAGCCGAUCCCCGUGCUGGACUUUGGGGAUGUUGGGCCCCCUCGAUGCCGAAGAUGUCGGACGUAUAUCAACCCGUUCAUGUCCUUCCGAAAUGGUGGCAACAAGUUUGUCUGUAACAUGUGCACAUUCCCGAACGAUACGCCUGCCGAAUACUUUGCGCCCUUGGACCCAUCUGGCGCGCGCGUGGAUCGCAUGCAGCGUCCAGAGUUGAUGAUGGGAACCGUUGAGUUUACGGUACCCAAGGAAUACUGGAACAAGGAGCCGGUGGGCCUUCAGACUCUAUUCUUGAUCGAUGUCAGCCGAGAGUCAGUUCAUCGGGGUUUCCUAAAGGGUGUAUGUGAAGGUAUCAAAGAAGCGUUGUACGGCGAUGGGACUGAACCGUCAGAGGGCUCCGAAGGCGAUGAAUCGUCGCGGAAACUGCCUGCUGGCGCGAAAAUCGGUAUUGUCACGUAUGACAAGGAGGUGCACUUCUACAACCUGACCGCUACCCUGGACCAGGCACAGAUGAUGGUCAUGACUGAUUUGGAAGAACCAUUUGUGCCUUUGAGCGAUGGCCUUUUCGUGGACCCGUAUAAGUCAAAGUCUGUGAUCACUUCACUUCUCAGUCGGAUACCCAAAAUUUUCUCUUCCAUCAAGAACCCCGAAUCGGCUUUGCUGCCCAUGUUGAAUUCGGCACUAUCCGCUCUUCAGGCCACAGGUGGCAAGAUAGUCUGCGCACUGGCUAGCUUGCCUACCUAUGGUCCAGGAUCGUUGUCCAUGCGAGAGGAUCCCAAGCUGCAUGGAACGGACGCUGAACGGAAACUGUUCGCAACGGAAAAUCCAGCCUGGAAGAAGACGGCAAGCAAGCUCGCCGAAGCCGGAGUUGGUGUUGAUAUGUUCAUGGCGGCCCCUGGUGGCGCUUAUCUCGACGUGGCAACAAUUGGACAUGUCUCUAGUCUUACUGGAGGCGAGACUUUCUUUUACUCUAACUUCCACGCACCGCGUGAUCUUCUCAAGCUGCGAGCCGAGCUAGCACAUGCCGUCACUCGGGAGACGGGAUAUCAAACCUUAAUGAAAGUCCGAUGCUCCAAUGGACUCCAGGUUUCUGCGUACCACGGCAACUUUGUCCAACACGCCCUUGGUGCCGAUCUGGAGAUUGCCGGCGUCGACGCUGACAAGGCGAUCGGCGUGCUCUUCAGCUACGACGGCAAGCUCGAUCCCAAACUGGAUGCGCACUUCCAGGCCGCGUUGUUGUACACUUCUGCGGACGGCCAACGGCGCGUCCGAUGUAUCAAUGUUGUUGCAGCAGUCAACGAAGGUGGCUUGGAGACAAUGAAGUUUGUUGAUCAAGAUGCCGUGGUCUCGGUCAUUGCCAAGGAGGCCGCCUCCAAGACACUCGACAAGACCCUCAAGGAUAUUCGGGCAAACAUCUCGGAGAAGACAGUCGACAUCUUCAGUGGAUAUCGCAAGAUUUUCUCUGGUUCUCAACCACCCGGCCAGCUGGUUCUGCCUCAGAAUUUGAAGGAAUUUUCGAUGUACAUGCUGAGCUUGGUUAAGUCAAGGGCAUUCAAGGGUGGCAAUGAAUCAUCAGACCGGCGUGUACACGACAUGCGCAUGAUCCGGGCGAUGGGCUGCACGGAGCUGUCAUUGUAUCUAUACCCGCGAAUCAUUCCCGUCCACAAUAUGCAGCCGGAAGAUGGAUUUGCGAACCAACAUGGCCAACUCCAAAUCCCACCCACUCUGCGAGCCAGCUUCUCUCGUAUCGAAGAAGGCGGUGUCUACUUGGUAGACAACGGGCAGGCGGUCCUCCUCUGGCUGCACUCCCAGGUCUCGCCCAACCUGCUGGAAGACCUCUUUGGACCGGGUCACGACACGCUCCAAAAUCUCAGCCCGAACAUCUCAUCGCUACCCGUUCUAGAUACACACCUGAACGCACAGGUUCGUAAUUUGCUGCAAUACCUCUCGACCGUGCGCGGAUCCAAGUCCGUGACGAUCCAACUGGCCCGUCAAGGCCUGGAUGGGGCGGAAUACGAGUUCGCCCGACUUCUGCUGGAGGACCGGAACAACGAGGCACAGAGCUACGUCGACUGGUUGGUGCACAUUCACCGCCAAAUUAAUUUGGAACUGGCUGGUCAUCGCAAAAAGGAAGAGUCCGGCGAGGGCACAUUGGCUAGUCUGACGGCCAUGCGUGCUCCGUAUUGGUAA